AUGCAAAAAGGUUCUCAUAGAGCAGGAUCUUUACUUAAAUUCAGAAAUUUUGUCGUUUUUGUGUUUUUUCUUUCCGUAAUGAUAAGUUUACAGGACAUUUUCUUCAAAUGAGGGCCAUUCUACUUUUUCUUUUCGUUUCUGGCCUUUUGGCAGAAGUUUUGAGAAUCCCUCUCCGCCGUAGAGAGACGAACGUACUGAAAUUGAUUCGAGAGGUUUUUUUGAUAUAUUGAAUCACGAGAGCAUUUUUUUAUAAUUUUUUUAAUAUGUCUUCUGCUUUUUUUCCCAAGUUCCAGCAAGCUAAUUUGAAGAAGAAGAAGAAAAAAAUACUUGAAUGAAAUAUUAAAUAUUUUCAGGGAAAGUACAAAAAAUUCGUGCACGGAUCCCGCCUAGUUUCCGGAAACCAAGUUGGCUACGACUACUACGAUGUGAGUUUGGGAUUUCGACGGAAAGAGUGGAUAUAACGGAUGAUUUCCAGACAGAAUACGUUGGAGACGUCAACAUUGGAACGCCGCCGCAAACUUUCAGUGUGAUUAUGGACACGGCGGCCGGCGACCUCUGGAUUCCCGAUAUCACGGCCGAUUGUGAGUCAUUUACUUUUUGAACUAUAAAAAUACUUUUAGAACAGAGAUUCAUACGACGCGGUAGAGACAAGAUUUUAUAGCUCAAUCUGCGCCAAAAUAUGACGAAUUUUUUUUAUUUCAGAGCUGCAGAACCAUUUUCUUUGAUACGCGCAGCCUGUCUUUGUGCAUGCGCCUUUAAUUUAGCCUCAAAGUUUCCGUUCUAUUAAAGGCGCAUGGACCGAGAUAAGCUGCGCGCAUCGAAAGGAAGCUUGCCAGAAAGGUUCUGCAGUGGGAAAGUUUUAGUGACCCUUUUAGGAUUUCCACUGUAGUAGUCGAAUUAGUGGUCACCUAAGUGUCCGCUUCAAGUGGUCCUUGAGAAAACUCUUGAGUAGCCACUAAAGUUCUUUCCACUAGCUCAGAGACAAUAAACAGAGGGAGAAGUUGGCUUGGAUAUUAUUCAUAUAUUACGGAGCAAAAUAAUGAAAGUCUUGAAAAAUCGACUUGAAAGUUGUGAGACGCUUUUUUUAAUUCCUCAGGGAUUUUGAUAGAAGUUAUGUGAGACUGUUUAAGAAUUCACACAAGUUUGAAAAAAAGGCCAAAAGAAGCAGAUUCUUAAAGAAUUGAACCUAUAACAGUUGUUACAAAGUAUAUGAAGUCUUUCUAGAAAUGAUCCUUUAUUUUUCUCAGCUUUUUUGUAGCCACGACCUUUCGAAGUUCAAAUAUCACCAUUAUUUUUUUUAAUCUGUGCAUAAAAGCUUAAAAAAUGGGCACAUGAUAUGCAGAAAAAUGAUCCUUUUUGUAUCCAAAAAUUUUUUUUUAUUUUAUAGUUACUUCCGCAUUUUUCUGAGACUUGAGAAUAGGUUCAAAAGUUUAAGGUUGUCAUCAAUGAAGUUUGGAACGUUCUGGCGACGGAAAACAUUCAUAACUUUUUCUUUCAAAUUUGAAACACCUGAAAAUGUUUAUAUGAAGAACCAACACAAGAUACAGUUUUUCUUUUGGUUUUCCACCCAUGAAAUUCGAGAAAAAAUUUUUUGGAGUGGUUAUUUAGUAUCAACGAUAACUCAAACUUCAAAAAAAGUUUUUUGAAAAAAAUGAAUUAACUUGAAAGCUUUCGCGAUAAAAUUUGUCUCCCUAACUUUAUGGACGUCACGUGGAAAACUUUAUUUUCUUUUAUUUUUCACAAUUUCAAGUGGGAAAACACAAGUUCGACGGGAGCAAAUCAUCAACCUACCAAAAAGACGGAACUCCUUUUCAAAUCAAGUACGGUACAGAGUCUUUCGAUGGCUUCAUUGGGGUUGACAAUGUCUGUGUAAGUUUCAAAAAACAAAAUUUUCUCGAAAUAAGUUACUUUUAAGAUGGGAAACUCGACAGUUUGUGUGACACAAAAGUUUGGACAAGCCACAAAAGUCGCCUCUGCGUUUGGUAUGCAAUCGGCUGACGGUAUUUUCAUGUAGUUUCUUCAUAUUUUUCAUAAAAUCAGGUAUCUUCGGUAUGGCUUGGCCGGCCAUGACGGAAAUUCAAGCCAUUCCAUUCCUUUUCAACGUGAUGCCUCUCUUGGACCAGCCAAUCUUCACCAUUUUCCUCGCUGAGUUAGUUUCAUAGAUUUCUAUUUCGAAAAAGUAUAUAUAGAUAUCGACUUGAGAUUUAAAAAAAAAACCAAAACGAAAAAAAUACAAGUUCGGCAUUAGCCUCUAAAAAACAGACCUCUUUCAAACUCCACCUCUGGAAUUCCAUGUCCAAAAUAGAGAAGACGAAAAAAAGGCCACUUUCUUGCAGUUGAAGUUUUCGAAGUAUUUCCGACAACAAUUGAGGCUCUAAAAAAUGAUACCACGAAAUUAAAAUUCAAAUGAAGUUUUAAAGUAAUAACCAGAGAAAGAAGCUAAUGAAAAUUUUAAUAACCGAAUUUUAAAUUCCAGAUUGGAUUCAUAAAAAAAAAAACUUUCCCAUAAUCAUCAAGUUAAAUCGUCCUUAAGCCUCUUCUAGUAAGCUCUUGAACAUUAUAUUCGGUAGACUAGAGGCUUUUUAUUGUAAAAAAAUUUAGAAAAGUAAAAAUUUUUUCUAAACUGUCGUCAGGUUAAGCGCUUUCUGUGCAUUAGUGUUGACGUACAUUUCUUUUACUGUAGCGCUUCAAAUAUUGGUUUUUUGAAGUUGCCAACUAAAUAAUAGAAAAUGUCAUAUUCAGUCGAGGACCGACGGCAAACGGCGAGCCAGGAAGUCUUUUCACCUACGGAGCCACGGAUCCUAUCAACUGCGAUUCUCAAAUAACCUACGUUCCUCUGUCAUCGAGAACUUACUGGCAGUUCACGAUUCAGUCGUUAGUUUUCCUGAUUGAAAAUUUUGAUAGUAUCUAUUGAUAAACGUCAGAUAGUAUUCCGCUGUGAAACUUUGAUUUCAGGGUAACGGCCGGGUCUUACAGCAAAUCGAAAAGCUACCAGGUUUCCCUUCAUUUUCAAAUAUAAAAAAAAGUUUUGCUGACUAGAAGUGGUUUAAAAUAUCAUCAUAAAAAAAUGAAGUUUCAAAUUAUUUUAUUCUUCAGACCAUUUCCGACACAGGCUCCUCGUUUUUCUUCGCUCCACAAGAAGUUGUGACUGGAGUUGGCGUUGCCUUGGGAGCCACUUUCGAUUCAAAUUGGGGAGCUGUGUGUUUUUCCUCCUUUAACCAUUUUUCGUAGAUUUUAAAAUAUAUAUGUACAGAAUUUCAGUAUCAACUGCCGUGCGACGCGACACCUGGCGAUAUCGUCUUCCAGGUCAGCGGCAACACGUUCAAAGUCAACCAUCAGCAUUACAUUGUCCGAAAAAUGAUCUUCUCAACGUUCACAAUGCAUUUUUCCAGGUGCAAAUGGGAGAUGAAUGCAUCUUGGGCAUGUUCCCGAUCGCUUCCGCCGGAUUUGGUCCUUCUUGGUACUUUGGCGAGCCCUGGGUCCGUGCCUACUGCAAUGUCUACGACAUGCAGAACGGCCAGAUUGGCUUUGCCCUGGCGAAACAUUGA